CGCCGAGGCGGAGGCCGGGAAGGAGGAGCUGUUGGCCCGCUCGCAGCUGUACCGAGAGAAGUCCAACAUGUACCCGCCAAGCAACACCCCCGGCGAGGGACUGAGCCACGGGGGCGGCCUGCGGCCCAACGGGCAGACGAAGCCGCUGCCGGCGCUGAAACUGGCGCUGGAGUACAUCGUGCCGUGCAUGAACAAACACGGCAUCUGUGUGGUGGACGACUUCCUGGGCCAGGAGACCGGCCUGCAGAUCAGCGAGGAGGUGCGGGCCCUGCACGACACGGGCAAGUUCACGGACGGGCAGCUGGUCAGCCAGAAGAGCGACUCGUCCAAGGACAUCCGUGGCGAUAAAAUCACCUGGAUCGAGGGCAAGGAGUCCGGUUGCGAAACCAUAGGGCUGCUCAUGAGCAGCAUGGACGACUUGAUCCGCCACUGUAACGGGAAGCUGGGCAACUACAAAAUCAAUGGCCGGACGAAAGCCAUGGUUGCUUGUUAUCCAGGCAAUGGAACUGGUUAUGUACGUCAUGUUGAUAAUCCAAAUGGAGAUGGAAGAUGUGUGACAUGUAUAUAUUAUCUUAAUAAAGACUGGGAUGCCAAGGUAAGUGGAGGUAUACUUCGAAUUUUUCCAGAAGGCAAAGCCCAGUUUGCUGACAUUGAACCCAAAUUUGAUAGACUGCUGUUUUUCUGGUCUGACCGUCGCAACCCUCAUGAAGUACAGCCGGCAUAUGCUACAAGGUACGCAAUAACUGUUUGGUAUUUUGAUAAAGAUGAGAGAGCACGAGCUAAAGUAAAAUAUCUAACAGGUGAAAAAGGUGUAAAGGUUGAACUCAAUAAACCUUCUGAUUCAAUCAGUAAAUACGUUUUAUAGAGCCUUUGAUCCAGCAAUGCCCCACUUCACCUACAAUAAUUGUUGAUGCUAUUUGUUAACUUGUGAAUACAAAUAAAUGGAUUAAAGAAAAACAGAAAACCGGUUGGCAUUUCAAUACAGAAAAAGAAACAACUUUUAUUUGUGUUGCAUCAAAAAGAAGACGUUGGCUGCUGUGGCUUUGUACUGCACGACUGACUCCAAAUCUCUGAUUGCCUAUGGAAAGAGUAUAAACUACCAAUUGAAAGUGAUACUUUCAUCUGGACAUGAAAUAAGUGCCCUGCGUAGAAGUAUUUCCACUCUUAUAUUUCGCCAGAUCUGACAUAUAGCUGAAUUAAUUUCAUCUCUUCCUUUUUUUACAUAGUCAAGUCUAAAUUUUGGGUAAUUUUUGUAUGAUCAGGUACAAUUUAUCAAAAAGCAAUUGAAAAAAAUUACAGUAUUAUUUCCCAAAAUAGCAUUGGUCUAUUUUUGUAAACUUCAUAUUAAAAUUUGCCCUCAUACACUUCUUAUAAUGGUUGUUGCCAGUGACUUAUUUUCUUUAUACAUAAAGCAAGAAAAGGAGCACUUCACCGACUGUGCACGCAGGUUGAUUUGUAGUCUUAUCUUACAUUAAUUUGGGCUCUCAAGGAUGGCUUUUGGGGGGGCAUUGUUAUAAUGAAACGUAAUGGUAAAGAUCAACAUUUACUACCAAUAACAUUUAGCUUGUGUUUAAAAGAAAUUAUAGUUUAUCUUAAGUUAAAGAUUAAAAACAAUUUUUAAGUGACUGGCAUUAAAUGAACUUGAAGUUAGUCUUAGAGUCAAGUUCCUAAGAAUAAAGGGCUUUCUUAUACUUUCAGGUAUAUCCUACAGAUGUAGGAGCUAAUGUUCUUUUUUCUAAAUAAAACUUAACCCUUUUGCUUCCCUCCAAGUUGCUUUUUCUUCCAAAUUUGCUAUUGCUUUCUUUCUUAAUAUGAUGACCCAGCUGAUCUACUGAUCAGAACCCUGUUUCUAUUGAAUAGUCUCAAGGGGAGAUUCCAUGUGCAUUGAAACUGAAAUGUGUUCUGUAGACUUGGUUUAACUCACUCCUCAGACUGCUCUUGAGGCAGCCCCCUCGGGUGAAUGCUGGCCUUUCAUCAGCAUUAAAAUAUGUACAUUUAGUUAUUAAAAAAAAUCAAAAAAGAAACACCAGAUAAUUUUAUUUUUGUCUAUUAAGGGUUUUCUUUUAUACUUUUCGUAAGAAGGAAUAUUAAAAAAUCUCUAGCAUUCCCAGACUUCUGUUUUGAAAUUGGGUUGGUUGUUUUUUAUUUCAAUUUCCUAAGCUCGUUAGCAAAGCCAAAUUGUUCAUAUUUACCAAAAUAUGACAAUACCAUAUUUUACAUGAAUUAUGUAUAUAAGACCUUACCCACAUGAGUUUUCUAUUUCUGUCCUUGAUCAUUUUUGCCAAAAUAAUGUGACUGUACAGAUAUAUUUCUGUAUAUUUCAAUUUACAGUUUUAGCACCUGUAUAGUUUGUAAUCAGUUAAGAGACCUUUUCUAUGGAAAGCUCAGUAAUUUUUAUUAAAAGAUUGCUAUUGUUCAUGUAAAACAUGAAAAAAAAUGUUUUGUGAAACUGAUUGGGUAGACUUAGGAUAGGAUUAAAUUGUCAGUAUUGUGAUCCCACUUUAUUAUAUGAACUUGCAGGAGAAAAUUAUAGUCAACUGUUGUUUUCCUUGCCUGCAUUCAUUGUGCUCCACUCCUUCUUCGCUCCAGAGGAUACCACUGAACCAUCUCUGCAGUAAGUGCCUCUUUCCAGCCUGGUCCCAGAAGUGGAAGUUGUUUUUGUAUCUGGUCAGCAAAGUGCAGUGCAUAGCCUUAGGCCACAACUUGAAGUGCUGCCAUUGUUAGAAUUAGGAGAAAUUGCAUUACGUUGAUAGCAGGUUUGUUUGAUCUAAAAGUUGAACAGCAACAGCCUUUUAAUUUGGAAGUCCCCGUUUUAUUCAGAUGUGUACUUCUGCAGUAGUGCAUGUUAUCAGAUUCUACUGUCUGUGGGUUAUGCUUGCCAGACAGGUCUAAAAUGGUGUACUUUAACAUUUUUUUAAUUUUUAAAAGUAAAUUAAAAAAAUGUUUAAAUAUACAAUUUUUUAGAAAUCAUUAUGAAUAGGUCAUAAAAUGAGAGUAGACAUUUCUUUAAUAUCCAUGGAAAACAUUAAUCUCAUGUUAGUGUGACUGUUACUUUGUCCCAAGGCAGGACUCUAUUUAAAUAAAAAUUUAAACUUCU